CUGGCGAUGAUCGCGCUGGACCUCGACUUCCACGUGCUGACAAGGGACUUGUCCGUGUACCUGGAGAACCACGUCCGAGUGGGGCUCUUCGGCUCCGGAGUGGGGCUCUCUCUGGUGCUCGGCUUCAGCGCCGCGUACGCCUGUUACUAUCUCAUCGCUGUGGCCAAGAAACCACAGCUCGUUGGCGGCGGGAAGAAGUUCUGUCAGUUCCUCAGGGAGCAAUGCCCAGUGGUAUCAGAAACCUAUUACCCCCCCUUCUGGUGCUGGGAGAGCCGGGUUCAGACCCUCCUCCGACCCUUUGUGACAGCCAAGCCCUGGGUCAGCUAUAGAAAUGAGCUGAUUAGAGCGGCCGAUGGAGGGCAGAUUUCCCUUGACUGGUUCGACAACGAUGAAAGCAGCGCCUACCCCACCCCGGCAACGCGGCCCACCGUCAUCCUCCUGCCCGGGCUCACAGGAACCAGCCGCGAGUCCUACAUUCUGCACAUGGUCCAGCAGAGCCGUGAACUGGGCUACAGAUGUGUCGUGUUCAACAACCGAGGGGUAUCUGGUGAGAAGCUCUUGACCCCCAGGACAUACUGCGCUGCCAACACAGAAGACCUGGAGGCUGUCAUCGAGCACGUGUACCGCAGCAAUGAGGCCGCCCCGCUCAUGGCAGCAGGGGUCUCCAUGGGGGGGAUGAUGUUGGCCAAUUACCUGGGCCGCAAGGAGCAGGACACGUGUCUGCGGGGGGUGGUGGUCUUCUCAGCCGGCUGGGAUGUGUUUGAGUGCACCGCCUCCCUGGAGAAGCCCCUCGACCGCUUGCUUUUCAACUCCUACCUCACCAGCUGUCUGCAAGCAUCCGUGGAUCGGCACAGACCUGUUCUUGAGAAACUUUUUGACAUUGACUAUGUAAUGAAGGCAAAAACCAUCCGCGAGUUUGACGAGAGGUUCACGUCCAUCAUGUUUGGCUACCCAACCAAUGAGGACUACUACAGGGACGCCAGCCCCAUCCACCGGCUGAAAUCCGUCCAGAUCCCCAUGCUAUGCCUAAACGCAGCUGACGAUGUGUUCUCCCCUAAUCAUGCCAUCCCAGUUGAGGAAGCGAAGCAGAACCCCAACCUGGCACUCCUCAUCACCUGCCAUGGUGGCCACAUUGGCUUCCUGGAGGGCUUGUGGCCCCGGCAAAGCACCUACAUGGACCGGGUCUUCAGGCAGUUCGCCAAGGCUGUCAUCGAGCAAGGGAGCGAUCUGAGAGACCUUUAACCUCAAGCCCUGCCCCUUUCCCUCUACUCACAUGCAAAAAACCCAACUGCAUUACAUCUCUGAAACAAUAAAAUGUAGAAGGGCACAUUUCUUUCAACGCACAUUCAGCAUCAAGGCCAAGGCACGAGUAGCAUUCCUGUUAGCGCCAUGUUAGCAUACGUCCAGCACAUGUUAGUGUUGUUACGCUGGAGUAGAGAGCCUUUGUAGAAGGUAUGACAUGUAAAAUGGAUGUGAAAUGGUCUGUUAUUGUGUUUUGUCAUUUUGCUUUGUUUUUGUU